UUCUCCUCGCUGAAACUCAGGAGCGCCACCGAUCGGUACCGACACCUCUCCUCCUCGAGAGCCAAGAUGGAGGGUCCGCGUUUCGAGAGCACAGGGACGAACCCGCGCACGCCGUUCUCUGUUUUUCAAUGAAGAGGAUUUAUUCUCGAUUAGUGUCUUCAUCUUGGAAACCCGAAGCCGUUCCGUUCGUUUGGGGAGUUUUUCUCCGGGAGAAUAAUUGAUCCGAGGAUGAGCUCGGGGGAGGGAGAGGACACAUCUAAGGAGGCGGCCGACAUAGCGGCGUUUUUUAAAUCCGAAUGCUCUCUUCCAAAAUGUGAACCCAAGCUUGAAUUACCCAGUCACACAGGGUUCCACAGGAAUGAAGACAUGAAGGCCAUUGAAGUUCUGCCCAUUCUUAAGGAGAAGGUGGCAUUUUUAUCAGGUGGACGAGAUCGCCGGGGAGGGCCAGUCCUCACGUUUCCUGCCAGGAGUAACCAUGACAGAAUACGACAGGAGGACCUCAGGCGGCUUAUUGCAUACCUCGCAGGCAUCCCCAGCGAGGAGGUGAGCAGACAUGGCUUCACGGUCAUCGUGGAUAUGCGAGGAUCCAAAUGGGACUCCAUCAAACCCCUGCUGAAGAUCCUUCAGGAAUCCUUUCCUUCCUGCAUCCACGUCGCUCUCAUCAUCAAACCAGACAACUUCUGGCAGAAGCAGAGGACGAACUUUGGCAGUUCCAAGUUUGAAUUUGAAACCAUCAUGGUGUCCCUUGAGGGUUUGACCAAAGUGGUUGAUCCCUCCCAGCUGACUCCAGACUUCGACGGAAGUCUGGACUACGACCACGAGGAGUGGAUCGAGGUUCGAGUGGCAUUCGAGGACUUUACGGGCAAUGCAGCUCGUGUCCUGGGCCGUUUAGAAGAACUCCAGGACAUGGUGUCCCAAAGAGACCUGCCGUCAGACCUGGACAGCUCUCGGCGGGCCAUGGAGGAGCACGCCUCGCUGAAGAAGAAGGUUACCAAAGCUCCUGUGGAAGAGCUGGACAUGGAGGGCCAACGUCUCCUCCAGCGGAUCCAGAGUGGGGAUAAGGGCAGAGGAGAUGUCCAGGGUUUAGCUCCUAAAGUCCAGGCACUAUUGGAUAAACUCCACGUCACACGACAAAAUCUGCAUCAGUCCUGGCACAUGCGCAAGGUCAAACUGGAUCAGUGCUUCCAGCUAAGACUCUUCCAGCAGGAUGCUGAAAAGAUGUUUGAUUGGAUCGUCCACAAUAAAAGUCUGUUCCUGAACACGUACACAGAGAUUGGAAGCAACCAUCAGCAUGUGCUGGAGCUGCAGACCCAGCACAACCACUUCGCAAUGAACUGCAUGGUAAGACUGUUUCCGCUGGUCCAGCACUAA